AUAAAAGCUUACGCUUUUACGCUUCUGGUUCACCAAAACGCUUUACGCUUUUACGCUUCUAGUUGACUAAAUGAGUAUUCUAUUCACGAAAAUACUUAUAUUUUACAAGUAAAUCACAAAAAAAAUAUGAUAUAUUUAAGAUUAAAAGAUACAUAUCAAGUACUUGGGUGCAUUCUUAGUUUCAAUAGAGUAAUCUAAUUCACCAACUAAAGCCUUCCCAAAAUCACUUGCUUAGAGGGGAAGGUAGUUUAUGGUUAAGAUAUAUGUUUAUGAACUUAUUGUUAAAAUGUUAUGAGUUUCUCAACUUUAGACAUGAAUUACAGGUAUUUAUUAAAUUAUCUAAACUAUGUGUACUCAUAUUUUACAUAGUAUAUGCCAUACUUAACACAUUUUCCGUUAUUUUACAGUAUGCGUCAAAAACUUACGUUUUUACGCUUUGAUUCUACGGCUUACGAUUUUACCUAUUUUCCGCUUCUAGGUAGAAUCGCGCUUUUGAAUGCAUUGAUUAUACUUAAUAUAUCAUUUUAUCUCCCGGGAUCCACCCUCUAACCUUCUCCCUCCGCCCCUGGGUACAACAGAUUCUCAUAGUAGAACCACGAGCCACUCUCCAAAAUCCACUCACAAGUAGACUGUGACGGCAACUGAAUGAGAAGCAACUGAUUACCCAGAAAGGAGACCCUAACAAUCCCAUCUCUACGCCAAAUAUGAUUCAUCCAUGUCCUCAAAUAAAAAACGACGGAGCUGAAUUCAAAAACUGACCUACGAGACAAAACUUACAUCUUGCUGCACCUUCCUCUCAAACAAACUUCGGCAUACGAAGCCCUCUAUUGACAAUCUAAGAUUUAAUAUACAUUAGACGAUUUGCUUCAGAGAUUCCGAACAUAUUUGGCCAAAGGCUUUGACGGCUCUUGAGGGGUGAGGGCCGAAAUCUCCGAUUGCAGAACAGUGCUCACCGGUGGUGAAUCGCUCAUUAGAAAAGACAAAGAGGAGAAAAAGGAGUUGCGCCGGUGCAAGUGCCGACGCAGCUAGCUAAGCCCAAGGGUCGGAAACUCAGCUAACCAGAGAGGAAUAAUGCAUUUUCUCUAUCUACUUUCUCUCACUUUUCGUUAUUUACUUUUACAUCUAGAAAGAUCUGUUAUUCUGUUCUAUUAAACUAAUUUAACUGAUCACAAAUGAAAUAAAAAAAUUUAGUAGCAAACAAACUGUUUUAAUAAAUUCAGUGACCAAACUUGCAAUUUACCCCAUUUUCAAAUCCUAUCCUCCUCCCACUCACGUCCCCUCAUAUUCACGCAUUCCAAAAACUUCAAGCCAUCAACGUCCAAAAUCAAUGUGUUGAGUGUUGACCCCAUUAACUAAAAAAUACUAAAGGUGCAAGAGUUGGAUCUCCUACAAACUAUAGAGAGAAACAAAAUGUAAAAAAAGUGCAGAAAAGGGCAUAAAAUGUGGCCAGAUAGACCCUUUAUUUGGUUAUAUGACUAUGUCACUAGAAUAGAAGAAAUUAAAUACGACAACAACGUACCUACGAGACUGCCGCAGAAUGGGAAUAAUAUUGUUGCAACUUCAUAUACAUUAAGCCUGUAUAAAAAAGACCAAAACCUAACCACAUAAUCACAGUACCACAGAAAGCUUAUAGACUCGCUAGCUAACCCAUGGCGCACCAUAACUAUGCAUCAGAUGCUCGUAAAUUUGUCGCGGCGAUAGCGAUGGUUGCGGUGGUAGGGUUUGCUGCUCGAGUCGUCGUCGUCGAAGCGGAAUGCGGCCAUAUUGCACCCAAUCCGGCAAUGGCGCCCUGUCUGAAUCGCUACGCCCUCUGCAUAGACGAAGUUGUCGCGGGACUGUGGGACACGACGCCGAAGAAGGAGGGUUUGUUCGACUCCAAGUCGUACCCAAAGGGCGUCAUCGGAGGCGUUACGGGCUCGGCCAGUUGCGUCCCCGGGACCAACGUCGAGAAUUGCAAGAAGUGUCUUUCCACGGCCAAGACCUCACUGGACGAGUGCAAAUCGGUCACGUCCGGCUCCUUCACUAACGAUGUUUGCACCAUGUGGUACGGCCAAACCCUGAAAUAACAAAGCCUAUAUGAUAACUUGCUCAACGACGAAUGAUAUGCCCGAGGCUAAAUCUUUCCGAGUGAACGAAAGAGGGAAUGGGAUGGAAUUGUGCUAUGUAUUUCUCUUUCCAUACGUACUUGCUUAAUUGUCUUUUAAUUGGAGUUGCGAGUGUCAAGCAAGAGAGUGGGAUGAGGUGUUGUAAUUUGCUUUUCAAGUGUGUGUUUUUACGUCUUGGGUAUUUGCACUAAUGAAUAAUUAGUGCAAUAAUGUUGUUUCCUCUCUUUGUUUUUCAAUGGAGUACAAGUGAAUUUGCUGUGUGCAAGGAAUGAACUUUGGUUUACGUACGUACUCACAUAACCAAAAACACAUUUCUAGCGUUUGAAUGCCCAAACAACUUGAAAUCACAAGGACCAUCUCUGCCCUCAAAAAAUUUCAGCCACGUUUGAACCGGCACACAAAAGAGGGCAACUACAUAUUCGAAACACCGAGAUCUGCUACAGUGAAGUAAGGGCGUAGACGAGAGACGAGAAGAUGAGAAAACAAGCUGAUCAUGGAGCCAACACCAUCCUCCCUUUGCCACAACAAGAAAAAGGCUUUCUAGAUUUAAAGAUUCGGAUUAGAACAGCAAACAUAAGUAAGAGGCUGGAAGAAGAGAAAAUGGAACCGAAAUCAAAAGCAGAGAAACAAAGUGUAUAGAAGGGAAGACAUGCAAAUAAAAAGAACGAAGGGCUAGAGCCGGCGAGAGAUGGAAUAUGAAAGGCUAGAGAGAAUUCAGAGAAAAGGAGCUUCCUACUGUCGGGUGCCUAAUGCCCGUUAUUUUCGUUAGCAAUGCAAGACCAUUCAAAGAAUGCAAUCUGCCAUGGGCUUUGAUGAAGUUCAUUGAGCUGAACAAUAUAAGCCAAUGGGGGAGACCUAGACUGCUCUCCUAAAUACCUACGAAGGGACGUUAAACAUAAGGAAACUCGCAUAUAUCUUCUUUUUCGUGAGUAUGAAGCGUUUGACAUGCCAUAAGGUGAAAGCAUUCAUGAUAUGUAUACUCGUUUUAAUGCUUGUAAUUGUUUUUCAUGAGUAUGAAGCGUUUGAAGCAAGUUCUUAAUAUCAGAAGUUGAACUCUCCUUUAAAUAAUUCCACUUUGAAGAUGAUCAAACUGAUAUUUAGAUAGUGGUUGUUCACACCAAAUGUACGGUAAGAAAUCAUUUAUGUUCUCAGCUUCGUCUCCUAAGAAAGUGAUCUUCCAAGAUGACAUAAGGGAACCUUUCAGUGGUUUUCUUUUUCUUUUAUUAUAUCGCUUUGUUUUUUUCUUUUUUUUUUGAAACUUGCCUCUUUGUACAUAUUUGGUUAUGCAUCUUUACUCAUCUCUCUUGCUAAAGAGCGAAGAGGCAGACAAUGGAGAAAUCUCACACUUUCCAUCGAAAAAGACGAAAGUGACCAAGGAACUGGCGAAACCAGAUUCAACGUUCUUCCAUCUUUUUAUUAAGUGUUCGUUGAUUUUUUAUAUAUUUUGCUUCUAUUUUCCGUCUCAGCACAGGGUCAGUUCUAAGACCUUGUUCAGUAUCAUUUAUAUUUUCUGUUUUGUGUUUUCACAUGUGAAAACAUAUAUUAAAACAUCUUUACUUAUGCUAUUAUCAGUUGUUGUGGCAACAAGAAUUGGCAACACCAUAGAAAUUAGAUAAAAUCAAUGCAACCACUUUAAUUAGAUUUUUAUUGUUUCCGAAAGUUAUCUUGUGGAUCUUAUCAAUUGUCGGAAUAAAUUUCAUUCAAUGGA